CGGAGGCCACGAAAACGACGGCAAAAUCACUCAUGCGAUCCCUGCCGUUCGGCCAAAAGGGGCUGCGAUCUGCCACCCGAUGCUCGAAUCUCAAAAAGCCGCCCUUCAUCACCGUGUUCCAUGUGCAAACUCCGGGGUGCGGAUUGCACAGUUACAUGGCGUGCGAGUAAACACUCCUCUUAUCCCAAGAAUCUUGCACCUAGCGAUUGUCCUGAUGCGGGGUUGGAGCACUCUGAAGAUGCUGGAUCCCCAACCAGGCUUAGUCUAGCGAGCUCUGAAUCACAUCUACUUUGUCAUGCAAUGUCUCACGAGAUACGCUCUCAGGGAUUAGGCGUGUAUUUUGACAUCAUCGAAAUUCCAAUGUCAAAAUUUCUUUCAGAGAAAUGUGUGCCGCCUAGUUUUUCUCUAGGAAUAGCUGCUUUGACACCAUUAGGCCAAAAUGUGAAAUUAGCAGCAACAUUUCCCACAGUCCAGUCCAGCAUCAGGAAUUGCUGGGAAUUGGCAACUUUCUCGCAGCUGCCAGCUUCCGCUAUGCCACAAAUAUUCUUUACAGCUAGCAUUCUUGAUGUGCUAUUUCAACGCUCAAAUUCGCAGUCGAAUUGUGUGAAAUUGACAGCACGCGACAUGUUGUUGACUGAGACGUAUAAGUGGGUCGCCAUAGCAGCCGGAUCGCAAUUUGCAGUCCAUAAAAGUGCGGCCGAGAACUCUGGAAUAUCUUGUGAAAGAGCAAAGGAUAUUGCAUAUGCAACAUGGUGUAAGGCAAAAAACAUGGUGUUCACGAACAUUGCGGCGAACACAUCGUUCCGUCUAGGGCUGAGCCUGCUUCUAUUUGGGACAAUUUUGCCACCCUCUGGGACUGAUGGAAGUGAUGGGUUCGAAGACGCUUCCUAUGCGAUUCACGAAGGCAUUUGUCGACUCCAAAUGCUAUGUAUUCAAGCCCGAGCCCGCCUUAGGAAUAGUGAUAUUCAGGCGCGAACUGAUACGCCUUUGGUGGGUAUGAGUCGGCCCGGGGAAAAGCCGCAUUUGUUGCAAAGCUUGCCUCGCGAGGCCCGCAAAAAUGUUGCGGAGCUAAUUGCAGCCUUUGAAUGGCUCGUUGAGAUUUCCCAAUCAGUAGCGAUCGCUCUUUUUCCACGCCGAAGCUUUGCCGUUACACCGUCGAUUGGGAACUUCAAUUCCAGCAGUUCUUUUCUAGCAGACGAGGCAGCCCAGAGGCCCAAUUUGAAGAGAGCGGAGAAUCAGAAAGAUUUAGGAUCAAUGGAUGAUGCUAUUAUUACUCAGGUCAAGGCCAAUACGCAGCCGGUGGUAGUACUAUGGACAAGAGGCUUUCCAGAUCAUCUCUUGAAUAGUGCCAUACUUGAGUCCGGAUCCCUCGUUAUCUUGAUGUGGAAAUCACUCGCACAGCUGGUUUUAGCGACCCGGAAAUUCUGGGUCGACGAUGCUGAUUAUACAGAUGUUUACCGCCAUUUAAAUACGAUGAUCAUGCUUAUCGAAAAAUGGAGGAAGGCCUUUGGAAACAUCGACCAUGAUACAGCCAUCAGUCUGCAGCUAGUCACUACUGAUCUGCGGCGAAGUGCAAUCUUCUGUGCUACGGAUGGCGAUCUAGCGAUCCUCAUAUUCUACGAAAUUUCCUGUCAGCUUCGGAAACGUUUGUCUGACCAGCCACAAUCGCCAAAGAACAGUCUCCACGAAAGGCUAGAGCUUACCAGUCAUUAUCGGGAUUCCCAACGCCUUACAAGUGCCAUGCAGAUUUCCUAUCUCGCCACCCCGAACCUAGGCGUCUCAAGCCCUGGCAUACAAGGAAAAGCUGGACUUAAGGCAAGUAUUGGAGACGUUCGUGCACAUCCGCACCCUACCAUGGUGGUACAAGCAUACAAACUAGCUGUCAGAGGGCUUGCAGAAGAGAUUCGAAGUUCCGUUAACAUAGCCGAUACUAAACGUAUGUCAGAGUUGUUGACUGGGCUUGAUAGGUGUCUGCGGGAGCUGGAGGGGCUUAAAAGUACUCUGAUCAUGUAUCCAGAUACAGAAUGGGGUGGUGAAACUGUGAAUUUCCCCUGA